AGACCCCGAUUCAUCUUACCUGGCUAUUCAUAGUGGCAGUAGGAUGGAGGGCCAGAACGGAUCCACAAGCGACCCGCUCCACGUCCCACUCGUUUUUGAAUCGCGCGCCUUCGCGGCCUAAACGGUAAUCUGGACCGUCCAUUAUUUUUCCUUUUUUGAAUUAAUUGUCCGCGUGACCGUCGGAUAGGCGCUCCCUCUCCUGGGUGGGUGGUUCUUGUGCUUUGAAUUUUUCGCCGGAGCCUGCUUUUAUUCGUCAUUUAUUGUUAUUUGUAAUUAUUUAAUGUAAUUUACUUUUCUGCCUGCUUUCCAUCAUUGGAUGCAUAUUAAACUAUGUUCCGAAGUAGCUUCAUCGACUUCGAUCCCUCCCUCUCGCUCGCUCUUUUCGUCGAUGGCAGACGCCUACAGUGCAGCUAUGCAUUCCAUUUCUGCUCUGCCUCUUCCGUCGGAACUGAACGAGUCGAAGGCGGAAUUAUUAAGUCGGAUUCAAGGUUUGAAGAAGGAUUUGCAGGAGUGGAGAUUGAAGCUUGAUACGCAAGUUAGCACCUAUCGGGAGGAGUUAUCUGGACUGAAAAAAACCCUCAAUGUUGAAGUUGAACAAUUGAGAUCGGAAUUUGAGGAACUGAGGGGCAGCUUGCUGCAGCAACAAGAAGACACAAAAUGUUGUCUGAGCAACUUAGAGAUGAGGGACAUGCCCAAUGUGGAAAACAUGGAGAAAGCGGGAAAUUAGUAGCUUGGAGCCUGGGAUGAGAAAUUUUGGGCUGUAAAUUUGUUUUUAUGUUUUGCUGUUCCUGCAUUGACAGAUAAAUAAAACAUGAUAUUUCAAUUACGAAA